ACCUCCAAGCCGUGUCUUAAGAGCAUCAAUGUAUUCGAUCUUCUGAUUCUUAUCCUGUUAAAAGCAAAAUGGACACAUCUUACAGUGAUUAUGUUACCGCCUUGGCUCGUCAAAACCCCAGUCUAAAGCGACUCUCAGACUUUCUUCGUCAUCAGCUUCGAACAAGUUGUAACAGCCUUGUCACCUACGUCGAAAUCGGAACGACCGGUGAUGUAGGUAUAGCCCAAGAAACCAGCACUACUAAACUUAUUGAUCUAGUCAAUUCUGGGCUGAAUAAAAGCAUCAUCGUGACGGUGGAAAAUAUCCAUCCCGAUGAUGUAGAGUCCCUCGGCUCAUGUCUUGACAUAGAUCCAUUCUUCUUUUGUGGUCAUAUCGCACCUUCAUAUGCGGACAUUGAAAGAAAUCCCCUACCAUCGUUAUUGGCUCUGCCACCUUCCCGGCUCGUUUCCGGAUCGUUUAUCAAUAUUCAUUACCAAAAGCUGCUGGACUUGGGCGACGAGGUCGCCUUGAGCCGUGUGCCUUAUGAUCUCGCCUUGAUGGCGAAUGUCACUCGGAGUGUUCGACGUUUGCCUGCGCUAUCGGGUAGAUCGAUUGGUAUCCUUCGAGCAUGCACCUCAUUGAUAAAAAAAGAUCUGCCAGGUGGUGUUUGGAUAUCCUUGAUACUAAUCGAUCCUACCUCUGAAAUCCUGGUGCAUCCAAUACGUGGCAUCCACGACAUAUUUUUCGGACCUAUAAUUCCUCAAUCUCCUCGUAGAAUUGCAACUGAAACAUUCUGCAAACCGAGUUAUGCUGAACAUCAAUCUGCGAGCAGCGGUAACCGGAAUAUCGAGCCUCUCAAACCAAGCGAGGAACCCCUAAGCUUCUUUCACGCUUCGAACCUUAGAUGGAGAGGAGGAAACCCUAGCAUAUUGGCUCUUGCUUACAAUCCAAUUCAAGCAGUGGUGCAAGAGUGGAUACUAUAUGCUUUGCUGAUGGGGCGAUAUGUCAAGUACUACGAGUACUCCUCUGAAACUGUCCAAAUGCGCCGAGAGAGUUUUGAGGAAUAUGAUAUCAUAGAGCUCCAUAGAUGGCGGCGCCGAAGCCUCCAGAGCCUCCACAAGCUGGGCAUAGUGAGACGUUUUGUUGAGCACUGGGCCUCAAAAGAGAAGAACUUGAGCUUGGACAUGGGUGUUACAAACAAGGCAACGACACAAGAGGAGUCGGUGAUUUGGAACCUAUUGAUUGGGGAUAUAAAGUAUGUGGAAGAGCAGAUCAUGCAGCAUGCUCGCUCUCUUGAGGCGUUGAACCCAAUCAUUACUGCCCUGAUUCAACUCGCCGAUACCAAGAGGGCCAUCUCACAGGCCGAGGAUACCCGGCGUCUGACGUACAUUGCCAUUAUUUUUCUUCCCAUGUCCUUCCUCACCGGCCUUUUCAGUAUGAGCGAGCCAUAUGGUCCUGGAAGUGACCGUUUCUGGAUAUACUGGGUGGUCGCGUUACCACUUACGGCGUUCAUUAUAGUAGUUCUAGUGUUGGAUCUCAGAUUUAGGUUUCUUUCGAUUUUCUGGGCAAUAAUGCAGAAGAGGAAUAGUCUACCUCGAGGAAAAAGAGAAUAAGAUCAUUGUUUAUUUUAUUAAUCUGAUUAUCCCGGAUAUAGUGGCAUCAGCGAGUGUCUUUCGGUAUGGAUACAUGGUAGAGGUUUGAAAUUUAUGGGAUUAUCGUCCGAAAGAGCAAAACGCGUUAGGACAGCUAUUAUGUUGGUGU